UAAUUUUAUUAUUGCUCUGUUUUGAUUGCUUUUCUGGGUUUUUGCUGUAGAUAUGUUUAAAUCAAUUGGUGUUGUUGUAAUUAAUUCUUUUGAUUAUUUUGGAAUUUUUGAAGGAUAUUAUUGGGUAGUAAUGAUAUGAUUAAUUCAUUGUUAUUGUCAAUUAGUUGCCUAAUCAUUUGAAUGUGGGAAUCUUCCAAUUGUCUAGAAUUAUUAAUUGGGAUUCCCCUUUUAUCUGUUAAGAUAAGGGGUAUCUAUGCAUUAUGCCAUUAAAUUUGCUUUACAUAUCUCCAAAAGCUGUAAAUAUUAUCAUUUCUCUUAUACCCUCCACCUCUUAUUAUUCUAAACCUUUUUCAUAGAUAGAUUCAUGAUGUAGCUCUUAAUUUUACCAGUCAUUUGUAUCAAUCGAUCAGAUGCACUGCCAUGCACACGCACACGCACAUAGUAGCAUUAUCGGGACUGCUUAGCCCUUUUGGCUUCUCUUUAAAAUUCGUCCUUGGAUUCUUUUUGCCAUUGCUUGGUUUGUUUAGUAGACUCUUGAAGACAAUUGUACCAAGAUGGAACCAAAUAAUUGUCACGAUAGCCACAUUGUUGAAGUUCAAAGGGAUCCUGUUCUUGAAAAGAGACGAUUUGGAGGAGGAAAUAAGUUAUGUGGGGAAGUACAUUGUGAAUUUGAAAAUGCUGGAACAAGCUCAGCAGAUGCUGCAGAAAGAUCAGCUUCCAUGCGGAAGCUUCUUAUUGCUGUCGUUCUUUGUGUCAUAUUUAUGACCGUAGAAGUUAUUGGUGGGAUCAAAGCCAACAGUCUCUCCAUUCUAACCGAUGCUGCUCAUUUGCUCUCAGAUGUUGCAGCUUUUGCUAUUUCCUUGUUCUCUUUGUGGGCUUCAGGCUGGGAAGCUACUCCUCGUCAGUCUUAUGGGUUUCUGAGGAUAGAAAUAUUGGGUGCCCUGGUGUCCAUUCAACUUAUAUGGCUUCUUGCUGGUAUUUUGGUUUAUGAAGCUGUUGUCAGGAUCAUACAUGAGACUGGUGAGGUUAAUGGCUUUUUGAUGUUUGUUGUUUCUGCCUUUGGUCUGGUAGUGAACAUAAUAAUGGCUCUUGUAUUGGGUCAUGACCAUGGUCAUGGGCAUGGACACGGUCAUGGACACGGACAUGAUCAUGAUAAUGGGCAUGGGCAUGGGAGCGAGCAUCUGGAGCACAGUCAUAGUCAUACUCAUAGCCACGGAGUGAUAGUGACUGCAAGUCCUCGUCAUCAGCAUACAGAAGCAGAGCAUAACCAUGCUCAUGAAGAUAAUCAUGCUGAGCCGCUUCUGGAGAAUUCACAUGUUCACAAUGAGCACAACCAGAAAGAAGGUAGUGGGAAGAAGAAGAAGAAGAGGAAUAUAAAUGUUCAAGGUGCUUAUCUGCAUGUUCUUGGUGAUUCUAUCCAGAGUGUUGGUGUAAUGAUUGGAGGAGGAAUCAUUUGGUACAAGCCCGAAUGGAUGAUAGUUGAUCUGAUAUGCACUCUUGUAUUUUCAAUUGUUGUUCUAUGGACAACUAUCAAAAUGUUGAGAGAUAUACUUGAAGUCUUGAUGGAAAGCACUCCUAGGGAGAUUGAUGCAACUAAGCUGCAAACAGGAUUGCUGGAGAUGGAAGAAGUAGUGGCUGUUCACGAGCUUCAUAUAUGGGCCAUUACUGUGGGGAAGAUUUUGCUGGCUUGCCAUGUGAAAGUUACACCAGAAGCAGAUGCAGAUUUGGUGCUGGACAAAGUGGUAGAAUACAUAAGGAAGGAGUACAACAUCAGCCACGUUACUAUACAAAUAGAACGUUAACUUGUUCAUUGAGGAUCUCAGAGUUCUUAGCUACCCUGUCAAUUAAUAGUUUUAAUUUGGCAUUUUUAAUUAGCCGUUUAGCAACAUGUAGCCUUUUUCUAGGGAGCAGUAAAAUCUGCCAAGUCUUUUGGCUAUUGUACAUGCUAUUGCUAGACAUACAAUCCUCCCUAUUUCUUGGGUGGAUACCUCAUUGUGGAAGUUUAACAAAUGAAUGAGAAACUCCUUUUUUUUGCUGA